CGGUUCAUUAUUGUCAUAUCUGCUCCGUUCCCAAUUUGUGUGUCGAGAGAGAGAGAGAGAUAUCUAGGGUUUGUACGAUUCUCCAGCGACGAUGCUAAGCGACGAUUUCACGGCGAAACGAGCUGCGGCUGAGGAGGAAUCUGACUCUUCUGUCUCGAAAAAGCAGAAGUUGGAAGAUGAAGACGACGACGACGACACAAGCAUGGAAGAGGAUAGCGAUACCGACAGCGGACGCGCAUGGUCUGUCGACACUGAAGAAGAAGACGAAGACGGAGUGGUGAGAUCUCCUAGGAUUAAUUACUUAAACUUCCCAGAACCGGAACCGGAGUGGGAUAAGGACAGCUUCGAUGGUUACGAGUUCUACGACCCUGAGGACCGUAAAAGCUUCUCCGACGACGAGGAGUACAAAGUGUUCCGCGACUUUAAGAUCCAGGCCUGGAAGAAUCGGGGUUUUUAUGAACAAGAUCCCUUCAGGUCCAUCUUCCCCCUUACUGAUCUGGAAGAACCUUGGAUUGACAUGACCACAAGGGAAUAUUUGGAGUCUAUUGCCUCCUUAUGUGUUAAGAAACUCAACGAGGAGAAGAAUAAGACCGUGGAAUUGGUAAGCAUCGUUAGAGGCAAUAUGAAAGUAGGAGAUGGUUGGAAGCUGUACAUCACCUUUAUGGCUCGAGAGCAUCCCGAUGGUCCUCUCAUGGAGUAUCAAGCCAAGGCUAUGGAUUUUGGAGCAAAACCUCCCUUUCCCAUCCUCUGCCGACCAGCUUCUCCCAAAUCCUAAUCUGUGACUUGCAUAGAUUUGGUAUGCUGGUGGUAGUCUACGAGGAAGACCAAGAUCAUAAUGUAUUAAAAUGAGUCUUUUAUGAUUAAGCCGAGUCCCAGAUGGAUUUAGGUUGUAUUAAUGUUAUCUGUCUUUUGCGUUGAGACUUAUGAAUUUAAUAUUAUGGAUCUUAAUGAUGGUUGUUAUAUUAUGUUUGAUGUUUAUUUUAUAUUCUUGGAUGUGG